GGCCGAAGGGCGGCGGAGCUCAGCCCCGGGAACAUUGUAACCCCGAGAGCCGGCUGGAGCGGGGCUCGCUGCGCCUGGAUCGUGCUGCGCCAUGGGGGCCUGCCUGGGGGUCUGCUCCCUGCUGAGCUGCGUGUCAUGUCUGUGCGGCUCAGCUCCCUGCCUCCUGUGUGGCUGCUGCCCCUCCACCAGGAGCUCCACUAUCUCCCGCCUCAUCUUCACCUUCUUCCUGUUCCUGGGCACGCUGGUAUCCAUUAUCAUGAUCAUACCCGGUGUGGAAGAGCAGCUGCACAAGCUUCCUGGCUUUUGUGAAGGAGGCAGUUCAAGUCUAGGCAUCCAAGGUCGUGUCAACUGCAAGUCCUUCCUGGGUCAUAAGUCUGUGUACCGCAUGUGCUUUGCAACGGCUGCUUUCUUCUUCCUCUUCGCCUUGAUCAUGAUCUGUGUGAGGAGCAGUAAGGACCCAAGAGCAGCAAUUCAGAAUGGGUUUUGGUUCUUCAAAUUCCUGAUUUUGAUUGGAAUCACAGUGGGCGCUUUCUAUAUUCCCGAUGGAUCGUUCACGUCAGUGUGGUUCUACUUCGGCGUGGUGGGGUCCUUCCUCUUCAUCCUCAUCCAGCUCAUCCUCCUGAUUGACUUUGCCCACUCCUGGAGUCAGAUCUGGCUUCGUUAUGUGAAUGAAGGCAAUGCCAAGGGCUGGUAUGCAGCCCUCUUGAUCUUCACCUUCACCUUCUACGCGGUCUCCCUCACGGCCGUGGUGCUGUUGUACGUCUACUACACCAAGCCUGAUGGCUGCACGGAGAACAAGGUGCUGAUCAGCCUCAACCUGAUCUUCUGCAUCAUCGUCUCUGUCGUGUCCAUCCUGCCCAAGAUCCAGGAUGCUCAGCCUCACUCAGGCCUGCUGCAGGCCUCCAUCAUCACCCUCUACACCCUGUUCAUCACCUGGUCGGCCCUGGCGAAUGUACCAAACAAGUACUGUAACCCCACGCUCCUGGUGAGGAACAGCACUGCUGGCCUCGUGGCUGACGGGCAGGUGACUCAGUGGUGGGAUGCCCCGAGUAUUGUGGGAUUGGUCAUCUUCCUCCUGUGCACACUCUUCAUCAGCAUCCGCUCCUCAGACCACAGCCAAGUGAACAAGAUGAUGCUGACUGAGGAGAGCCCGGCCAUGCUGAGUGGUGGGGAUCCGAGCAUGGAAGAUGGGGCACAUCGGGCCUAUGACAACGAGCAGGACGGUGUGGCCUACAACUACACCUUCUUCCACAUCUGCCUCUUCCUGGCCUCCCUCUACAUCAUGAUGACGCUCACAAACUGGUACAGGCCCGAUGAAGGUUCCCAGAUGAUGACGAGUCCAUGGACUGCAGUCUGGGUGAAGAUCUCUUCCAGCUGGGCUGGUCUCCUCCUCUAUCUCUGGACCUUAGUGGCCCCCAUCCUACUCCCUGGCCGGGAGUUCAGCUGAAAAGGACCUGCAGACAACCAUGGCCCAAACCGGCUGGACAGCUCGGACUCUCCAAACCAAGGAGCCCUGUUGCCAAAGCCCUGUCCCUGUCCCUAUAUUUAGAGCUGGGUUUGGGUCUCAUGCUGGGGAAAGUCCUAGCUAUGGAUGAAUGCUGGGCUCCUAUUUCUGCACCGAGAUCAGUUCCUCGGAAUUGUGCCUUUCUUUGUUUGUUGUUUUAAAAGGGAAAAAAGUGCCAAGCAGGGAAAGUCUGUAGCUUGUGUGUGAAGUCGGAAGCGUCGAAGGAAAUGUUUCUGGGUUGUUUGGGAGGUUGUUUUACUAUUGUAGACCUUCGCGUUUGUCAGAUGUUUCUGCAUGGCCUCUGUGCUGCUCUUUUGCAAAGAGGCAGUUGAAUCACCUUUGAGAAUUUUUGUUUUUAAGCAAAUGCUUGUACAAUGCAUUCUUCGACUUGUAUUACCUGGGGAGCAUUUUGUAUAAUUCUUGCACAGCCCAUUUUAGCAUGUACCUGUCCAUGGACCUGCAAAGAUUUAAAUAAAUGGCCAGAAUUCAGUAUCAAUCGGCAUUGGUUGAGUAUCAGCCACCCCUGUGUAAUCAGCGAUUGGCGCAAGGAAAUAUUCUAACUUCAUAAACCAGCUUUCAAUAGAUCAAACUGUCUCACAGUUACAAGGCUCCAGGCACGUGGCUGAGGAAGAGUUACAGCCAAUUGCAGCCUUAGAAAUGUAAUGGAAACCUUUCACAAAUUACGCUUGACUUACACCAUCCAGUCGCAUCAUCCUUUGUCCACACAGGCCCCUCCCAUGAGCAGUCAAUGCACUCUGUAGCCCCUCCCUCCAAAUCGUUAUUCCCUGAAGCCCCGACUCCAAACUGACAGCAGUGGGCACUGUCCAGAGGCCGCCGCGGGGGAUUCUGUGAUGCUCGCAAGCGAUUGCCUUGAAGAACAAGAAUGAUACUUAAGAUAUAGGUGUCAUUCUGAAACCUCCUUGCCACAGUGUGCUCUCUGCUGUUCACAUUACCCCUUACGUAGUUUGCCCUGCAUGGGUUAUACAAGGACAAAGGGGGGCGGGGAAUGGCAUGCUGAAAUUCAGCCAAAUCUUUCCUCAUUAGUGUUCUAGGAUGAGAUGCUUCAACAGAACUAGGAGCAGAAAUGAAAAUGGUUGGGCUGUGACUGAAACAGCCUUACCUGCCUCUUCAGCCCUAUGGC